AUGUGCCGCCUACACAAGAGUACUGGGGCAAAAUUACUUGUACAACAGACGGAUGGUCGCCUAAAGUGCUAUGUUCCCAAUCCCAAUGGGCAUGUUUAUGGACCCUAUGCUUACCUUUCCCUCCUGCUUCUCUCCCAUUUAGUCACAUGUUUAAAAUCGGAUAUAGAAAUUGAGAAUGGAUUUUUUUCUGAAUCUCAACUGUCAUACCUCUUAUAUAAAGAAACACAAUACAAGUGCAAACAAGGUUACUUAACAGAAGAUGGUCAGACAUCAGGAACGAUCACGUGUCUGCAGCGUGGAUGGUCCCCUCACCCCAGGUGCAUUAAAUCUUGUGAUAUGCCAGUGCUUGAGAAUGCCAGAGCCAGAAGUGGCAGCACGUGGUUUAAGGUCAAUGACAGGUUGGACUAUGAGUGCCAGGAUGGAUAUAGAAACGGAGACGGACGCACCACAGGCUUCAUAGAGUGUGGUCACAGUGGCUGGUCUGGUACACCCUCCUGUCACGAAAAGGAAUGCAUUGUUCCUGAUAUAGAACAAAAUAAUUUGUUCAGCCCCAGAAAGAGAAAUAUUUCAUUGGGAGACGUGUUGAAAUUCUCCUGCAGACAAAGACUGAAACUUGUUGGACCAGAUUCAACUCAGUGUUACAACUUUGGGUGGUCUCCAGAUCCUCCAACAUGUAAAGUGGAAGUGAAACCGUGUGGUCCACAUCCUCAGCUCCCCAAUGGGACAGCUACAAACACGCCGAAAGAAGAACAUGAACACGGUGAAGUUGUGGAGUACGUCUGCGACCCCAGGUUUCUGCUGAAGGGUUCUCAGAGAAUUCAGUGUGUUGAUGGGGAGUGGACAUCCUUGCCCCGGUGUACUGAGGAGAACAGCACAUGUGAAGACAUACCUGACAUGGUUCACGGCUCCGUCUAUUCCCAGGAGCAUCCCUAUCACCAUGGAGAGUCUGUGCAGGUCAGCUGCACAGAAGGGUUCACAAUGGUGGGGCCCAGAUCAGUUACAUGUUUGAAGGGAAAGUGGACCCAACCACCUGAGUGCAUUGAAACAGGUAACAUUAAGACAUGUAAAUUACGAAGGUCACACGAAUAUAAGCCACUCCGGUCAUAUAGGGUUGACUAUGACCAUAAUGAGCAAGUGAAUUACACGUGCCAAAGAAGGUCAGAGCAGAAGCACUCAGUCUGCAUCAAUGGAAGAUGGAAUCCCGAAGUGAACUGCACAGAAAUACCAAGAUGUCCACCUCCUCCUCAGAUUCCCAAAUCUCAAAAUAUGACGACCACAGUGAAUUAUCAGGAAGGAGAAGCAAUCUCUAUUCUCUGUCAAGACAAUUCUCUGAUUCUGGAAGCAGGAGAUCUCGUGUGCCAGGGUGGAAUCUGGAAGUCAGUCCCACGCUGCAUUGGACUUCCUUGUGGACCACCACCUUCAGUUUCCAAUGGGGCUGCACUGAACAGGAAAAACAGAUAUGAGUAUGGAGAAGAAUUUACCUACAAGUGUGCCCGAGGAUUUACCAUUCAUGGACCUGCAUCUGUGAUAUGUUCAGGAGGAAAAUGGAGCCCUCCCCCAGAAUGCAUAAAAACAACUUGUCCUUCCCCACCCAGCUUUGAUAAUGCCGAACCCACAAACGUAAACAAGAACAAGAAAGUAUAUCAGUCAGGAGAUGAAGUAGCUUACAGAUGUCGACAGCCCUACCAAAUGGAUGGAUCCAAUGUUGUUCGCUGUAUGACUGGCAGAUGGAUAGGGACGCCCACAUGCAGAGAUAAUUCCUGUGGGAGUCCACCCAUAGUCGAAAAUGCCACUAUACAAAGCAGGAUGACUCGGUAUCAGUCUGGUGACAGAGUACGUUACGAAUGCAAGAAAUCUUUGGACCUCUUUGGGGAUGUAGAGGUGACCUGUUUGAAUGGGAACUGGACAAAUCCACCUCAGUGCAAAGAGUCCAAAGGAAACAUGUGGGCCCCCCUCCAACCAUCGACAAUGGGGACAUCACCACAUUCCCAUCAGCCGUCUACGCUCCAGGAGACUCGGUGGAGUACAAAUGCCAGGCCUACUAUAAACUUCAGGGAAACAGGAUAAUAAGAUGUCGUGAUGGAGAGUGGUCACAACCACCCAAAUGUUUAGAGGCAUGUGUAAUAUUAGAAGAAAUGAUGGAAAAACAUAACAUACAGUUAAAAUGGAAACAGGA